UUUAAGCUGACAAGUCUACAAGCCAGUCUGUUCAGUAAAUAAUUCUAGCAAUUUGAUGUCGCACAUAAUAAUAAAUUCAGAAAUUAAUUCAGAAAAGAAAAGAAAUCACAUUAUGGAGACAGAAAUACACGUGCCCGUGGGCUCGCCGAGUAUCCGCAAAAUCCCGAUUCAUGUCGACGAGCAUAAUGUCAAAGAUGGAGCGAUGAGAUUAAUCAAAGAGCUGCGACCAAGCUGGGACAUUAACCUUGUUAAGAUCAAGCUUUUUACAGAUGGAACGACCAACAAGCUGGUGGGCUGCUACGUGGAUGAAAGCCCAGAGGACAUGGUGCUGGUGAGGGUUUACGGCCACAAGACAGAACUGAUAGUCGACCGUGACAACGAGCUGAAGAGCUUCCAGGUGCUACACGCUAAUGGCUGUGCCCCUCGUCUCUACUGCACCUUUAACAAUGGCAUCUGCUAUGAGUUCAUGGAGGGAGAUGCGCUUGGUACACAGGACGUUAGAGACCCCAUUCUACUCCGACUCAUUGCUACAGAAAUGGCCCGCAUCCAUGCCAUCCACGCCCACAACGGCUGCAUCCCCAAACCCAACCUGUGGAUCAAGAUGCGCAAGUAUUUCUCCCUGGUGGCCACCGAGUUCACCGACCAAGCUGCUAAUGCCAGAAUCAGAGAGGAAGUUCCCAGUAAGGAAGUGCUGGAAGAGGAAAUGACGUGGAUGAAGGAACACCUGUCUCAGCUGGGCUCGCCCGUGGUUCUCUGCCACAACGACCUGCUCUGCAAAAACAUCAUUUACAAUGAGAAGGAAGGUUACGUUCGGUUUAUAGACUACGAGUACUCCAGUUACAACUACCAGGCAUUUGAUAUUGGGAAUCAUUUCAACGAGUUUGCAGGGAUGAGUGAACCUGACUACAGUUUGUUCCCGAGUCGGGAGAUGCAGCUGGAUUGGCUCCACACUUACCUGAAGGCUUAUAAACACUUUACCAAGAAGGGCGAGGAAGUGAACCAGUGUGAGCUUGAGACCCUCUACGUUCAGGUCAACAAGUUCUCUCUGGCAUCACAUUUCUUCUGGGGUUUCUGGGCUCUCAUCCAGGCCAAAUACUCCUCCAUUGACUUUGACUUCCUUGGAUAUGCCGUGCUGCGCUUUAAUCAGUACUUCAAGACCAAGCCAAUGGUCAUGGCUCUCAAGAUCCCAGAGUGAAACCCCCAAAGAUUUCGACAACACACCAACCCUGGAAGCACAGGAACACUUUUGGAUUGGGGAGGGUUUGGGGUACAGCAAGGGUGGGUAUGAGGAUCGCCUAAGUUUCUAGAUCCUUUUGCUCACUGGUAAAUGUUUUGUUCCUUACUGACAGACUCAAUCCACUCGUGUCUGUCUAUCUCCAGUCGAUCAAGAUUCGGUCAAAACAAACAUCGGGCACUUCUGGGGUUUUUUGCACUUUAUUUAUUCAUUUUUUCUUCCCCUUUUAUAUUUCUCACUAGCAGUCACCCACAACCCAAAAUGAAGGCUUGCAUGAGAAGCUGUGAGGUGUGACUGCUUUGAGAUUGUAUUGGGCAUUGCCGUGUCAGUGAGUCGAUUUGAAAACCCAUAAAAUACAGACUGUAGAUACUUUAUUUUUUUUGGUCUCAGCCUCCUAAAGCAUAUCCAGUAGUCAGGGAAACAAGCUGGUUGACUGAACCUUUUUUUUUUCAUCCGUGUAAUUCAGACAUUCCUGAUAAGUUAAGGCUACAGCGGCCAUUCGCCCUCUGUUUUCUGAUGUUUUUUUUGCCUGUUAGGCUUUACGCUAACUGAGCAGCUAUGUUGAAUUUUCCACUCAUCCAGGUGAUGGAAAAAUCCCAGCGAGAGAGAGGGCGGGGGCUCUUUUGUUCUUGUUCUACCUUAAGAGUUACGUACUGGGUCACUAACCAGCCUCAUUUAGUCCAUGUUCCAGACGCUCAGCAAUCUUUCCCUGAUAUCUAAACCCCUGUGUUCAGCUGAGGAAAAAAGGUCCUGCAGUUAUGUAAGGGUGUUACAUCACUCGAGCCGGAGCAGCAGAUGUUCAGGCUUUGCACUGGCUCAUGUUCCGCAAGCACUAAAUCCAAGCUUGCGGUUUCUAUGGCAUUACAGACAACCGAGAAAGGAUCUGCAUGCCAAUUUGCCCUUCUUCCUUUAUGCUAAUUGGCUUUCUAGGCCAAAAGCAAUUUGGUCAUUUCUUUUAUUCAGAAUUGGUGCAUCAGUGAGGUUUAAUCAGGCCCAAAGGGCAGGAUUAUUCGCUUUUACCUACACAGGCACUACAUGACUGUUAAAAAAUGACUAAUUACUAUUUGUGUACCACCUUCUGGGUUUUCUGGGCUCUCAUCCAGGCCAAAUACUCCUCCAUUGACUUUGACUUACUCGAGUAAGCAGAUUUCCAAUAUCUUGUUCAUAGGUAGGCUUUUGUUGCGGGAACAAAGAUGACCAAAAUUUCACCUGAAAGUAAAUAAUAGUGUUCACCCACCGACCACUUUACAAGUUCCCCCACCUUGUUAGGCCUGUGGACUGCCACUUUUGCCCUACGCAACUCUUCAUUGGCAGCAAUUGGAAGUCUUGGCAUGACUAAUUAUUAUUUGUGCAUCUUGUUUAUUUUCAUGCUCUUUUCUUUAAAAUAGUGUUUUAAUUGUAUAAAUUGUAUAAAACCAGCGAGCAUGUUCUACUCAUCUCCUGCACCUUUUAGAUCAGUGUGGGUUAGGGGGUUGUUUAGGUGCCAAUUUCAAAGCAUCGCCUUCUGUCUCGUAUGGCAGCUCUCAAAGCGGUGGCGAUACAAAGCUUACGUGACUGUAAACAGUGACUCCUGUGUACCAGUGGCUUCUCAUUCAUAGCAAACCCAUUUUGAUGGACCUUAGACUACAGCUGACCACCAUACAAUGUUUCUGUUAGAGAGACCACUUCUCCUCAUACUUUGAAAUACACGGUAAAGUUGCCAUCUGUAGUAAAUCAUAAUCAAUAACAGGGAGGUCUGAGAAAAUGCCACAGAGUUGAAUAACAGAACUUUUACUCCACAUGUUCGGAAAAACAAAACACAUGAAAAUAAAGACAACUGAAGUUGUGAAACGUUUGUUACGGACAAAGAAGUCAGAAAACGUGAAAGUAGUUAUUAAAAUCUUUACAGGUGUAAAGAUUAAAUUCUUAACAAGUGUAUGUAAACUUUUGACUGUAUAUACUGUUUGGUGUGUUUUGUAUUUGUGUUAUAUUUCCACGCUACUUCUGUUAGGAGGGCAUUCCUCUUUACUAUAUCACUAGCCACUAUUGUGAGCUUUUGUAUAUAGAAGAAGGCAGUUGGUGCCCUCCGCCAAGCAUUUAUUUAUUUAAAAAAAUUAAAAAAGGCAAAAAAAAAAAAAGUCAUUGCAAUUUUUCUCCCAAUACUGACCCAUAUUUACUCUUUCAGGUUGAAAACUAAAUAUAAUUCACCAGACACACCACUGAAGUAAAGUAGCUUACAGGGGUCGCCACAGUGAAUCAUUCUGGUACGCUUACCAGUUUUUAUGUCAGAUGCCCUUUUUGAUGCAACCCUUAUUUUAUCUGGGCUUGGGACCGGCACUGAAAGAGUACUGACAAGUGCACCUCCCAAUGGCUGUUCAGCCACCAAUUGACAUAGUCCAUGUCUGUGUAGAUGACCGACCAUCUGGCCAGCGUGACACAAGUUCCCACUGAAAUAAACUAGCUUAUAAACCAGUUGUUGAAACGGACUUAAAUUAAUACCAAAAAUUUAUUACAAAUAAAAUAACAUUGACUAGUCU